AUGAGCAACGCCACCGCCCCCAUCACCCAUGAGCCGUCGUUCUCCGACCAGGCCGCCUUGCUCAAGGCUCCAGCGGAUCUCCUCGCAGAGCCCGACACGCCGCCCCAGAAGUGCCACCCGCUGUCGUGCUGCCUCGGCACGCUGUGCUGCCCACUCAGCUUUGGCUCCACCCUCCUCUCCUCCUUCUUCACUGUGAAGCAGCAGAAUGAGGCUGUCAUCCUCCGCUACGGCCGCUACGAGCGCACCAUCAAGACCCCAGGCCUGCACUACAGCAACAUCUUCGGGCGCACGGUACUGCCGAUCAGCAAGCAGAUGCGGUCCAUGGAUCUCCCCGACGAGCGAAGCGGCCGCCGCACUGUCCUCGACAAGGAGGGCAACCCGCUCAUCGUCUCAGCCGUCGUCAUCUACCAGUUUGUGAACAGCUACCGCGCCGCCAUUGAGAUCUCGCGACCAACGGAUUAUCUCUCAAACCAGGGCGAGGCCGUCCUGAAGAACGUGAUUGCAAACUACGUGUAUGAGUCCCACGACGACAGCCCAAGUCUGCGCACACAUUGUAACAUGGUGUCGCAUGAGCUGCGCGAACGCCUGCAGGAGCGAGCAACGGCUGCCGGAAUUCUGGUCCACCACUUUGAUCUCAAGGAGGUGUCAUAUGCGCCCGUCGUGGCUGCGGCCAUGCUCAAGCGACAGCAGGCCUCUGCUGUGAUUGCUGCGCGCCAGGCCAUCGUCUCCGGCGCCGUCGACAUCGCAACCACGGCUGUCGAGAGCCUCAGGGAGCGCGGUGUUGAGUUGGAGUCGGCGGAAUCCACGCGUCUCGUCAACAACUUGCUCACCGUCAUCUGUAGCGAAUCAGACGUAACCCCAACCCUCCCGCUCUCGUAG